AUGCAACAGAAGGAAAGUCUGGGGCAGGUGGGAUCCGAGGUUGCUUCGGCACCCAUAGAUGAUAUACCACAGGCCUCGACGAGUACUGGACUGACGACCGGACAGUCUAGGAAAUUUGGGGACGUCAGAAAGGCCAAAGGUUUCAGUGGCGCAGGAGCCAAAUGGUACCUGCGUUACUUAAACAAAGGUUUAACGUCUGAAGAGGCCAAGAAGAAAGUACUGGAUCGGGAGAAGUCCAGUGACAGCACAGACGUGGUUGCGAAAGCUAGUACUCCGGAGGGGAAUCCGGAGAAAAAGGCACCCCUAGAUCGGGAAAAACCCGGUGACAGUAAACGGGUGGCUGCGGAGCUUAGUCCUCCUGAAGGAAAGCCGGAGAAGAAGAAGAGCCGUCUUGAAACAGUGGCUCCAAAACCUAAGGCAGGGGCCAGGAAGCCGGGUGUUAGCUAUGCUAGCGCCACUAAGCGCAUUAGACUGGCAGUUCUGCCGAAGGCUUUCCCUGAGAGUACACUCACUCGUGAGGAUCAGGGAAAGAUUGAGGACGCCAUUGUGGAGGAGAUGGGUAAGGGUUGGAGGUCAAUACUCCAAUUCGACGGCAUUCACUUUCGGCCAGGCCUUAUACUGGUCGACUGUUUGAAUGCAGAAUCAGCCGAAUGGUUGCGCGAAAUUGUCCCAAAACUGCCUGACUGGGAUGGUGCGGAACUGACUACGUGCGAUGGCGACAACAUACCCAGGGUGCACGUAAUCACUACGUACCUACCAAAAGCUGCAGGAGUGGACACGCAGAAACUGCUGAACCUCAUUAUAGCACAAAAUGAGGGAAUGCAUACCGACCUAUGGAAGGUUUAUAGGAGCAAUGAUGAGAAGACGGGCAAACUGCUAACGAUCGGGAUUGACGACCGGUCGUUGGACGCUAUCAAAAAGAAAAACUGCAUCCUACGAUACAGGUUUGGUAGUGUUCCAGUGCAUGUGCACAAGGGCAGGGAACCGAAGGCGAAGAUAGUCAAGCCAGAUACUCCACCGGGUGGUUCGGAAUUACCGAAGGAGGUGGCUGAGAUGGUAGCCGUGGAAGCAGCUAGUAGCGCGGUAGUAGAGGAAGUCAGUCUUUUACCUCAUGACGACUCGGAGAGAGCCACCUUGUCAGAGUUUGACAAAACUCUGACAACGGACGAAGACGAUGAACGCCAAUAA